UCACUCUAACUUCUAACAACCAACCAUUAGACUAUUACCAAAAGGAAUUGCUACAAGAAAAUGACCCAAAAAAUAAUGAACCAGAUUUUGAAAAUCUAACUUACAUAUUUGGAGAACUGCCUUUACAUACCGAGCAACUACGUUGGGUUCACUAGCUUCACAUGUUCGAUAGGAGACUACGGUCCUCUACUGGAUCUCUGUUCUCCAACUCAAACUAGUUCUCUUCAGAUACGUUCAAAACGCCAGUACAUAUAGCAUUUUCUGACUUAUCUUCUUGCAUGUUAAGCAAGACUCCUAGUGGGUGGCAGUAAAGGCUCCCAGAAGCCUUCGAAAAUAAGGCUUACAUGGAAUCCAUAUGGUUUGAUGAUCAUUACUUUUAGCUGUGAAUUUCAGAGCUUCUACCCUAUGCAAUACACAAACAUUGGUCCUUUAUCUACAGUUCUUCAUACACCCGGAUAAUGAUGUGUGCCACGAAUUACCCGGGCCGCAUGUGUCACCAUCCGUCAUUUAUCAGUUUCUGCUCAUUUUACUAUAAAUGUCCCUCUAGUCAUAUACCCAAAUACCCACAUUAUUCCAUGUGUCUUGCUUGGUCAAGGGGCCUCAAGUGAAGCGAUAUGUUUCUCUUAAUUAAUCACUUCUUCUUGACCGCUUCACCCAUUUUUUUGCCCAUUUCAUUGGCUAAGCCUGUGUUCCCUCUUUGAAACCAGUCUGACUGACCACUAUAGCCAGCAUUGUUUGACUAGUCUUCAAAGACGUUGACACUUGUGUUUCACCAAACAGGGUAUCAACACUCAAACUCUGAUUCAAAAUAAGAUUGUCCGGUUCAGAUUAAGUGAAAGGUGAACUAAUGUGGUUUGAUGGGUUUGUAGACGGGGUUCAUUUCCUUUAUCAACCACUUUCAUGACCAUUUCCCUGGCCUGGUGUCAGCACUCUUCUUACAAUCUUAUUUACUAUUUAAAGAGAAAUGCAUGACUGGUUUUUCCGUAUGAUGGCUCUCUCCCAUUGUCUUGAUUAAAUGCACCCCAAAAGUAGCUAAUUCGGAAACUUCUACUCAUAGAAGCCAUGAAAAACAAUCAGCAUAACAAAUAUUGAUUGCUUAAUGUUAAAUGAUUUGUGAUGGUCAAUUUUCAGAAAACUUUUUAUGAGCAUCAAAUUUAGAAGAUUUGUUACUUUCUUUGACAAUGAUCUCUGGGUGAGUAAAUUCCCUUCCAAAUCAAGAGAACAAAGUUUAACCAACAAAACCAGUAUGUAGAUAAAAAAGUGCCAACCUUUCGGAAGACGGAAAUCAAUUGCUCGUUUAACAUAGCCAAACCAAUUCAAUUUCUGUGAAGGUAUCUGACAUCAGUUCCAUUAACCUAACAAUGAACAUAUACAACCAAUUUCAUUGACGAAAUACAACGUGCAACCUCGUCACUAUUGUAACCUUAAUAGGAUCUUAAGACUCACAUUCACAAUUGUAACCAAAUUUUUAUCAUCUGCCUCAUGAAACAACUAAUGUGAAUCGUCUGUUUCCUAUGGAACCUUCUCAUUAAUCAUAAAUCUUUGAGUCGACUAACUAUAUAUGACUUGAAUCCAUUCUAUAGAGAAGGUACAUUGUCAAAGGGGCAUAAUAAACUACAUUCUUCAAUGAAAUACUAGGUCAACAUUGACAACAAUAUUAAGCUGUAUAAUCUCUUAGAACGGUGUUUAUCUGACUCUUUCACAAAGCCACCAAAUCGAAAUUGAAUUUGGCUCAACCCUUUUUACCAAGGCUUUCCAUAAGUCAGUUAAUAAAAAUAAGUCUUCCUAUAUUUUGAGCACAUUUUAUAUAGCCUCUGUGCAAGAUUCAAAUGUUCUUUUUAGGAAAUGUCUACAUAUCCUAAUAUCAUCCUUUCAGACCUGACAUACAAGGCACAUACAUUCUACUCAAUUUCUAAAUGAUAGUGAUCUGGGUCCUAAACAUCUAUCCACAUGAUUUAAAUUUUAACUUCAUCCUUCCAGACCUAACAAACGAGGCACACAUAUUCUACUCGGUUUCUACGUGACAGUCAUCUGAAAUCCUAAAAUGUUGUAUUCGCAAACUGAAAUGUCUCUAUCAAGUAAACCUUUCAACUCCUCUAAAGUAAAGGACCAUAUCUCUAACUAACAAAAACUUUUGGAUGUCAAUGAAAUUAUCAACAAAAGUAAAGGUUGCAUCAAAAAUUCACAAAAGACAUAGACAGCAUCUAACGAUCAAAACAUAAAGCGUACAUACUCCUAAACAGUAACCAAAAAUCAAAAACAAAAAAUCACACAAAGUUAAAACACAUACCAGUAUAGACCCCGCGCCAAUGCUACCUCUCACCUUUCCCAAACCUGUCAAAUCCCAACCUAGAUCCCCCAAAUCAAACAAAGAACACAAAGAAUUAGAGAAAUCUGAAUUUAGAAGCAUUUUUAUUGCCUAGAGAAGAGGUGAUUUCACUUACAUUCGGAGGAAGAGAUGAGCAGUGAAGAAAGGAGAUGGAGAUGGAGUUGGAGUUCAGCACUGAUAGGAGCAGCAGCAACAGCAACAGCGGCAACAGCACUUGCAAUAGGACGACCGAAAGAUCCAACAUUUGAACUAAUAUCAAUCAAACCGAAAUCAUUCGACUUAAAACAUCUACCAAUAGUUGAUGCAGAUCUUAUCUUAACCGUACAUGUUACAAACCCUAACAUGGUACCAAUCAAAUACUCGUCAUCUUCAAUGUCUAUUUUCUAUAACGGUUCAUUUCUCGGUUCGGCUCACAUAUUAGCGGGAUCCCAUCCUCCGAAAUCUUGUCAACUUCUUAAACUUCCGGCUCGGCUUCACCUGUCUUCCCCUGCCGCUUCCCGGCUACUAUCGGAUGUCGCUCAACGGAAAUUGGUUCUCGAUGCCGCUGUUGAUAUCGGUGGGACAGCAAAAGUUUUAUGGUGGGACCAUAGGUUUAAUGUACACGUGGAUAGUCAUUUUGUUGUUGAUCCUGUUUUUCUUGAUGUUAUUGAUCAGGAAAAUAAGGCUAAGCUUCAGUUUUUUUCUGGUUGAUUCAGGGAUUAAGAACAGUUGAGUCAAUUUUUCAUCCUGGUUUGUACAAGCUCUUUUUCUCUUCUGUUUUUAAGAAAUGGAUUGUUUGUUUUGGAAACUA